UCGGUAACUGCAUAGUAUAGCUGUAAAAGUUCCCAGGAUAUUGCAGUGUUCGGGGCUAUUUAUUUUGCUAUUAAUUUACUUCAUAAAUCAUGUAGUGCAGCAUAUGAUAUGUGAUUUAGCGGCAGAGGUGUCAUGUUCGAAAUCUUUACGGCUAUUUUAGAAAAUUUAAAUGAAAAUAAUGUUUUUGGAUUAUGAUAAAUACAAAUGUACUUGCCAUGCUUGCAACAAAUAAUUCUUCGGAUAUUGAAAGCCAGUUAGAACAACACCAAUCUCCUUUGUCACGACCAGUGUGUAUCAUUCUAGGUUUUGUGCUGAUUUUAGCGUUUAUCAUUGGAACGAUAGGCAACAUAACAGUUCUAGCAUUAUUUGUAAGAUACAAGAGCUUACGUUCAGUAUCAAACAUAUUUGUCAUUAACCUUACAAUAGCUGAUUUGAUGAUGUGCCUUUGCUUACCGGUGCUAAUCAAUGAUUACUUUCGGGGGCAUGCGGAAAAUGAUAUUGUUUGCAAGAUCAACACCUUUCUUGGUGCAUUCACGGGCUUCUUAUCUAUAUGGUCACUUGUUUGUUUAGCAUUUGACCGCUGUAUUGUGAUAUCUAGAAGCCUGCCAGUUCGACACUCCUCAGAUAAAGCGAUUGCGACUUACAUUAUUAUCAGUAUUUGGUUCUGUUGUUUGUUAGCAGCUGCAGUUCCCUUUUUUGGUUACGGACGUUACGUUUUAGAAGGACAGACCACGUCGUGUGAAAAGAAGGAUAAUUUUACAGUAUCUUUUUCGAAUAUGUUUUACAAUAUUAUGAUACAAAUUCUUUUUUUCUUUAUUCCUGUAUGCUGUAUUACAAGUUGUUAUAUUUGUAUAUUCAUUACAGUGAGAAAUCAUGAAACAAUAUAUUUUAAAACCAGAAAGAGUGGACAAUAUAAUGAAGUUUCAUUUAGACGCAUGCGCAAAAGUAGGAAACUUGAACAGAACGAGAUGAAAACUGCAAGAGCAGGAAUAAUUCUAAUUUCUGUGUUUUGUCUGUCAUGGGUUCCUUUCAGUAUAGUGUCAUGGAUAGGGUUGUUUGGUAACCGGGAUACGUUAACUCCUAUAGCGGUUGCUUUACCAUCGAUAUUUGCGAAAAUAUCAACGAUAUUAAACCCUCUACUGUACGCCUUGUUGCUUCCAAGUUUCAGGGCUAAAUUAAAAUUCACUUGUAAUAACUAUUUCAAACCGGCAUCUUUGUCAUAUGGAUCAACGGAAAGAAGCAUUCCUGGCACUGUGUGUUACAUGACUCACUCACAACGAUUGAAGACCUGUAUUGUUUUUGCUCAGAGAGAAUAGUCAGUUAUUACUAGCGAGUAGUGUAACAAUUGUCUUGUGAUACGAGUCAUUAAUUAUAGCUAUUUUUCUUUCAAACUGGUGUUUGUAUUGCUAUUAUUUUACUGCUCUAUGUUUCAAGCGAUUGCUGAAUCCAUUUUGCUAGCAUUUGUUCACUCGCAUUCAUCUACAAAUCAAAUAUUGAUUUAAGGGUUGAAUGUAUGUCAUUGGCAACAGCUAAACUAUAAUAUUAUCUCGUUUAGCUUAUGCGAUUUUGUUUUAGCUCAUCUAUGCAGAAGGUUGAAACUUAUUUAAAUCCCUCUGGUGUCCGCUUCCAGAAAAAAGUCAGCACUGGUGUCAUAUGCGAAUGAGUAUUCUUGAUUCCAGUGGGUCUCGAACUCGCGACCUUCGGGUUGAACAGCCAGCAACCUAACCGUUAGACCGCUGCUCAACUUUAUUACCUUGUUUAAUUAAGCUUUUACUAACGUAACGGAAUUGAUUUAAUAACCUGCAUAUUAUUAUACCAUUCCUUCAAUUAUUUACAUUUAAGAGAAAUCCAGUGUAAAUUACAGAAUCGAUACACCUGGAGUGUACGUUCUUAGGAUUUGUUAAGUAUUGUACCCAAUCCUACUGCGAAGACGUAAGGCUUUUUUUAACCAGAAGCACACUUACCUUCAAUUAAUAACAAUAGAAUGAUAAUUUAGUGAUUUUGAAAUGUAUGGAUCAGCUAUCUCUUUCAUUGUAUUAAAUCAAUUAUGUGUAUUAAAUAAAUAUCUCUCUGCAUUACCUCAUGAGUCAAAAAUAAUAUCAUUUACUACCCACAAAUAAACAAUUAUGCGACGCGUUUCAAGGUAGACAGAAUAUUUUUUAAUUAAAUGUGUUACCUGAAAUAAAAAUAUGUCAAUAAAAAUAGAAAUAUUCAAAGUAAGAUAUAAUCAUAACAUAUUACCACAAAGAUAA